CUGUCAGGCGCGUGCACUUCGCACAGUCCCGUCACUUAAGGCAAAGGGGAUAUAUAUAAUAAAUGUGUAUGGAUUAUAAUUCAAGACUAAACCUCCGAAGUGAAAACUUUUUAGAUCGUUGCCCCGUUAAAAAGUGUGAUACUCUGAUUAAUUGCAUUUCUGUUUUAUUAUUUUGCUUUGCUAAAUAGUCCAUAUGGCUCAUUUCCCAAGCAUGGACGACAAGUGUGCUGUUUUACAUUUAUCGCGUCUGCAGCUGGACGACUUGAUCUUGGAUCAUCUCACGGACAGUAAAAGACAACAAAUCCAGCAGCUGCAUCUCACUUAUAAUCGUUUAUUGCUUCUUCCACCUUCUGUUUGUUUCCUGUCUAACCUGGAACACCUGGACAUCAGCAACAAUGCGCUCACAGUCAUGCCAGAGGACAUUAUGCGCCUAACAAACCUGAAGACGUUUGUAGCAAAGAACAAUCUUCUGGACGAGUCCUCGUUCCCUAAAGAGUUUGAACGCAUGCAGGUGGAGACUCUGAAUCUGAGUGGGAACAGGUUUGGGGAGAUUCCCGUGCAGUUUCUCAAAAUGACCACACUACAGUCCCUGUCACUUGGAGGAAACAGACUGAAGACUAUCCCGGCAGAAAUAGAGAAACUGACCAGUCUGGAGUUGCUGUAUUUGGGAGGGAACCUCAUCUCCUUCAUCCCACCUGAGGUUGCUAACCUCACCAGUCUGAGAUAUCUGGUUCUAUGUGACAAUCGCAUCCAAAGCAUACCGCCCCAGCUCAACAAACUACACUCCCUGCUCUCUCUCAGUCUCCACAACAACCUGCUGACCUUCCUCCCUCGUGAGAUCCUCAGCCUCGUCCAUUUGCAGGAGCUCAGUCUGCGUGGAAACCCUCUUGUUGUGCGCUUCAUCAAGGAUAUGACCUACGACCCUCCAUCCUUGACGGAGUUGGCAGGACGCACCAUCAAGUCCCAGAACCUUCCGUUCAGCUCGUGUGACCUACCGUCCAAUCUGAACCAUUAUUUAAACUUGGCUAGCAAAUGUCCCAACCCAAAGUGUGCAGGUGUUUACUUCGACUCAUGCGUGAGGCACAUCAAGUUUGUGGAUUUCUGUGGGAAGUACCGCCUGCCGCUCAUGCAUUACCUCUGUUCCCCGCAGUGUUCCUCUCCCUGCAGCUCAAACCCACAGAGCGACGCGGAGUCAGAGGAGGAGAACAGCGUCCCUGCAGACAGGCUCCAGAGAGUGCUGCUGGGAUAGGACAGACAGACCAGUUACCUGUCACAGCAUUUCCAUUAAAUACUUAAUUUCAUGUUUUUGUAGACCAAUUAAAUGCUAAAAACACUUUGACCCAUAAGAGAUGGGUUUUAGAACUGUUUUAGUGACUCGACAAAAAAAAAAUGUACUGGCUAUUUAGCUUAACUGUGAUUAAUACAGGUAGGUUUAAACUGUAAAUCAAACUUAAAGUGAUAGUUGCCUCAAAAAUGUUGUCAUUUUCUCAUUGUCAUGUCACACUACUUCAGAUAUGUCACAAAUUCCUUUAUUUGGAUGAUUUUAAAAGACAUUUGAUAUUGUAUAUUGUCACAUGGACUACUUUUAUAGUUAUUUUAUGGUGUUUUUGUCUGUUUUUGAUCAUUUAACUUUUGCGUUUCAUGGAGAACAAAAGCUAAUUGGUUUGAAAUCUCACAAGGGUGAGUAAAAAAGAAAAAGAAAAAAAAGAACCUACUAAUGAUUCCUACUAAUGUUUCUCAUUAGGCAUCUGAAACAUUUGCAUCUUGCCUAAAACAGUAUUUUGAGUAGGUCAGCUUGACAUGCAAUCAGAGAACAAACGGACCGCUUUGCACCUCUGGAAAAUGUGAUCAAUACGUGAACAGUUACUCUUUGAGCUCUUCUUUGUAUUGAUUGUUAAUCUCCCCUAAUUUUUCUGUCCAAGGGUCAGGUUAUAGACUAUGAUGGCUACUUCGCAAAAUUUGAAAAUGAAUGGAAAGCUGUUAUUCAUGACACAACCUUGUAAAUAGUUACACGCCAAAGGACACUUUUUGUAUUUUGUCUCAUUGUCAGAAGUUUGGUUUGAGAUCAGUAUUAAAUGGUUUACUGUCUCUAAAAGAGUUCAUAAUGACCUCAAUAGUAAUAAAACGUAGAUAUCA